GAAUGCUGGAGCUGUGGCAAGAGAGACUGCCUCGGGAACUGGGAGAGUUUAAGACAAAGCCCAGAGAAGUGAGGAAUCUUCUUCACCCCGUGCAUUAGGAAGAGAAGGGAGCCAUCGUGUUCAUCAGGGCACAGUUCAAAUGAAUGUGAAGGUCAAAAAUGGUCCUAUAGGCGAUUCCAUGGGCUUCAAUCUGAUAUGAGUAAUAGAAGUUCCUUGCAUGCAUCUGUCCAUCUGUCCAUCCUCAGUGCCUCCGAAUCACAAGAACCAUCCACCUUCUGUGAUGAGGACGGCUCGCUGGGAAACAUCGAUGACCUGGCACAGCAGUAUGCAGAUUAUUACAACACCUGUUUCUCCGAUGUGUGUGAGAGGAUGGAGGAGCUCCGGAAGCGGCGGGUUUCCCAGGACCUGGAAGUGGAGAAACCUGAUGCCAGCCCCACGUCACUUCAGCUGCGGUCCCAGAUCGAAGAGUCCCUUGGCUUCUGCAGCGCCGUGUCAACACCAGAGGUGGAAAGAAAGAACACUCUUCCUAAGUCGAACUCAGAAGACAGCUCUGUAGGAAAAGGAGAUUGGAAGAAGAAAAAUAAGUAUUUCUGGCAGAACUUUCGAAAGAACCAGAAAGGAAUAAUGAGACAGACUUCAAAAGAAGGACACAGAGGACCAUCAGCCGAAGGAGCCUUGGAAUGCUUGUCUGCUCUAGGAGAAGAUGUGGGCUAUGUUGCAAGCGAGAUAACAAUGAGUGACGAGGAACGGAUUCAGCUGAUGAUGAUGGUUAAGGAGAAGAUGAUCACCAUUGAGGAAGCACUCGCAAGGCUCAAGGAGUAUGAGGCCCAGCACCGGCAGUCAGCGGCCUUGGACCCUGCCGACUGGCCAGACGGUUCUUACCCAACAUUCGAUGGCUCAUCAAACUGCAAUUCAAGAGAACAAUCGGAUGAGGAGACCGAGGAGUCGGUGAAGUUUAAGAGGUUACAUAAGCUGGUCAACUCCACUCGCAGAGUGAGAAAGAAACUGAUCAGAGUGGAAGAAAUGAGAAAGCCCAGCACGGAAGGCGGGGAGGAGCACGUGUUUGAGAACUCCCCGGGCCUGGAUGAACGGUCGGCCCUUUACUCCGGAGUGCACAAGAAGCCAUUUUUCUUUGACGGCUCUCCUGAGAAGCCUCCAGAAGAUGAGUCCGACUCUCUCACCACGUCUCCAUCGUCCAGCAGCCUGGAUACCUGGGGGGCUGGCCGGAAGCUGGUCAAAACCUUCAGCAAAGGAGAGAGUCGGGGCCUGAUUAAGCCCCCGAAGAAGAUGGGGACGUUCUUCUCCUAUCCCGAAGAAGAAAAGGCCCAGAAGGUUUCCCGCUCCCUGACGGAGGGGGAGAUGAAGAAAGGGCUCGGGUCCCUGAGCCACGGGGUAAGUACCGACGGCGUCCGCCUCUGUGACAGCCACCGGCGCCGGCACCACCUUCUGGUGUCCCUGGAGGAGGUUCAGAGUGUCCGCAAGCAGAUCCGCUUGAAGAAAACGGAUACUAAUUAUUCGUGUUCCCGAGCUCUUCUCUGCCAGCGUCCCUCCAGGAGAGGAGUCCACAGCAGCACGUGCGAGCUGCAGCUGCUCCGGCAGAAACCCAAAGGGGGUGGGGGCUGCGGCGCCCCCAGCAGGCGGGCGCGCGGGCGUCCCGCGGUCAGCGAGUUCAAUAUCACCUACGUGGUGGAGCGGAGCCUGUACAGCCACCUGAACCUGACCCAGCUAGUGCGGCCGGCCUCAGACAGGACCCUGAGCAAGGCCGAGAGGCAGGACCUGAGGCGCUGCUUGCUGGAGGAGGACGAGGAGACAAAGAGGAAGUGGGCCGCCACGGUGGACCGCUGCACUAAAAGGGUUCUCUUGAGAAUCCACCAGAAGUCUAGAACCUGCAGUUUUGGAGGAUUUGACUUGACGAACCGUUCUCUACACAUUGGCAGCAACAAUUCUGACCCAAUGAGUAAAGAAGGAGAUUUUGUGUACAAGGAAGUUAUCAAAUCACCCACUGCCUCCCGCAUCUCUCUUGGGAAAAAGGUGAAAUCAGUGAAAGAGACAAUGAGGAAGAGGAUGUCUAAAAAAUAUAGCAGCUCAGUCUCUGAACAGGACUCGGGCCUCGACGGCAUGCCUGGCUCCCCUCCACCUUCACAGCCGGAUGGUGAACACAUGGACAAGCCCAAGCUCAAAGCCGGAGGGUCCGUGGAGAGUCUGCGCAGUUCUCUGAGUGGGCAAAGCUCAAUGAGUGGUCAGACAGUAAGCACCACGGAUUCCUCGACCAGCAACAGGGAGAGUGUCAAGUCGGAAGACGGUGACGACGAGGAGCCCCCCUACCGGGGCCCCUUCUGUGGGCGCGCCAGGGUACACACUGACUUCACGCCUAGUCCCUAUGACACAGACUCACUCAAGCUCAAGAAAGGAGACAUCAUCGAUAUAAUCAGCAAGCCACCCAUGGGCACCUGGAUGGGUCUGUUGAAUAACAAGGUCGGCACAUUCAAGUUCAUCUACGUAGAUGUGCUAAAUGAGGAAGAGGAGAAACCCAAGCGCCCUACCAGGAGGAGGAGGAAAGGAAGACCACCCCAGCCCAAAUCUGUGGAAGAUCUCCUGGAUCGGAUCAACCUGAAAGAGCACAUGCCCACUUUCCUGUUCAAUGGGUACGAAGACCUGGACACAUUUAAGCUCCUGGAGGAGGAGGACUUGGAUGAGUUAAAUAUCAGGGACCCGGAGCACAGGGCUGUUCUCUUGACAGCAGUGGAGCUGUUGCAGGAAUAUGACAGUAACAGCGACCAGUCAGGAUCCCAGGAGAAGCUGUUGGUGGACAGCCAGGGCCUGAGCGGAUGCUCUCCACGAGACUCAGGAUGCUACGAAAGCAGUGAGAACCUGGAACACGGCAAGAGUCGGAAGACUGGCCUUCUCUCUGUCAAGUCGUCAACGGAGUCCAGCUUAAAGUCGUUCAACAGGAAUCAGCUGGGCCACUACCCAACGCUGCCUUUAACAAAGUCGGCCGAUGCACUGAAGCAGGGGGAGGAGGGCAGGCUGGGCAGCGGCCUUUCCCCUCGCGCUUCCAAGUGCUGUGACCAGCCAUGUGGGGCUGGUCCGAACAAAAACCGAAGAAGCCUCCCUGUUUCCAUCUGUCGGAGCUGCGAGACCCUGGAGGGCCCUCAGGCUGUGGAAGCUUGGCCUCGAUCCCACUCCCUGGAUGACCUUCAAGGAGAGCCUGCUGCUGAGAAGGAUGUGCCUGGCAAGGUGACAGACCCCUGCCCUCAGACUGUACCACAAGUGCCACAAAAGACAACCCCCUUCAUCGCAAAGGUUCAAAGCCCCAAACGAGACCCUGCUGUUGACAAUGCACUGCUACUGACCCAAAGCAAGAGAUGUUCUGAACCUCAGAAGCCAGCGACUAGGAAACUGGAAGGCUCCACAGCACCCUCUCCCCGUGGCGCAUCCCCUCCUCCGUGUCUGCCCAAAACCUACGAUGCCCAACAUCCCGGAGUCAAACCCAGUUUAACAAGGAUGCCUCUUGAGGGUCACAGGAAAGGACUCGAGUUUGAAGGAACGUAUCACCCCCCGGGCACCAAAGAAGGCCUAGCUGCUGAGCAGAGGGGCCCCGAGACAAGAGCACAGGCCAAGCAUCCCGCCCAGCCUCCGCCUGUUCCUGCCAAGAAGAGCCGAGAGCGCCUGGCCAACGGACUCCACCCGAGCCCCCCUGGCCCCAAUGCCCCAAGCCUGCCUGCAAAAAAGGGCAGCCCCAGUGACUGUCACUCACCUCAGGCUUCCAGGCCUCCCUCAGGACAGGAGCCUGGCAGCCCCCUGAGCGCAAGACCACCGCCCUGGCUCUCCGAGCUCCCAGAGAGCACAAGCCUCCAGGAGCACGGCGUGAAGCUGGGCCCAGCUCUGACCAGGAAGAUCUCCUGUGCUCGGGGAGUCGAUCUGGAAAUGCUCACGGAAAACAAGUUACGAGCUGAAGGCAUCGAUCUCACUGAGGAGCCAUACUCUGAUAAGCAUGGCCGCUGUGGGAUCCCUGAAGCCCUGGUGCAGAGAUACGCCGAGGACUUAGAUCAGCCCGAGAGGGAUGUCGCCACCCACAUGGACCAGAUUCGCGUGAAGCUUCUGCGGAAGCAGCACCGCAUGGCGAUCCCAAGUGGUGGACUCACAGAAAUCUGUAGAAAGCCCCUCUCUCCCGGAUGCAUUUCAUCUGUGUCAGAUUGGCUGGUUUCCAUCGGUCUACCCAUGUACACCAGCGCCCUCACCGAAGCCGGGUUCAGCACACUGGGCCAAGUGCCUUCUCUGUCCCACAUUUGCCUUCAGGAGGCCGGCAUCACAGAGGAGAGACACAUAAGCAAGCUCAUGUCUGCAGCCAGACUCUUCAAACUGCCACCAGGCCCCGAGGCCAUGUAGCCAGGCCCAUAACGGAGCUCCCUGGACCAGAGCCACCCUUUCACUGUGCUUAUGCUAAUGCAAUUCCUCCUCCUCGGGACAGGCAGACCAGAUCCAGAAGAAAGGCCUAGUGUAUGGCCACACAGAGCAUGAAACCUUGGCACAGGACUGAUGACCCUCUCUCCUCCAGAAAAGCCCCCUCGAGGAAACUGGUGUGGUUCUCUUUGACCCCCAAAGAAAAGACAAGCACUUAUUUUUAUUUUCAGAACACAAAGGACCAGGAAGCCAACUUGCCACACAUGCUGUGCCUCCAGUCUGUCUUGGUGUGCUGGGAAGGCUGGGAGCAGAGGGAGGGGCAGCCUGUUUUGUGUCUGAGAACGCCCUUGCCCUUCUGCCUGUCGCCCUGCAGGAUACCUGAGGGCCAGACAGGCUUUAGCUAGGCCAAAGUAACAGACUCGGGAGUUCACUGUACACUAUUGACCAUGCCUGUUUGUUCAAAAGUAAGAAAAUCUGGCUGCACUAGGGAAAAAAAAAAAUCCUGUUCUCCUUUAAGUAAACAAGAGACAUUUUAAUAAUUGCUUUCUAGCAAUCAGCUUUUAUUUGCCUUAAUAUAAGCUUUGAAGCAGUUAUCCUAGUGUUCACUACCCUGUAACCAUAGUUUCCAAUCUUCAGCUUAGACUGCCAUCUAACAUAUGUGAGAUGUUUUCAGCAAAAAACAAAAAUGGGCUUUUCUAAUUGCCUCAACUCUAACAUGGCUUAUUUUGUAGGGGUGUUUAUCAGGCACAAAGUUCCUGUUGGCUUUCAGUUUUUACACUAACUACAAAUCCAGUAAAAAGCUAUCUGAAAUUCAGAGAUGGGGUGUGUACAUGAGUGUGUGUGCACAUGUGGGUGAGCGUGUGUGUGUGUGUGUGUGUGUGUGUGUGUGUGUAUAGCAACUACCUUCACUUUAAUCAGUUUAGUUUUGUUUACCACGUUGGUCAUUGUGCUGCAGUAUUGACUUGGACUCCUGACCACGCCCAUCCCCAAAUCAGCUAACAGAUCAGCUUUGUAAAGUCAUUGGAAGGUUGACUAUUUCAGAAAGAUGUUUUUAAAAAGGGAAGCAGUUUGUAAGCUAUUUAAAAAAAAUUUUUCUUUCAUAACUCAGAUACCAUUUUCCUUCCUUAUUGAGAAUAUUCUUUUAAUUCGGAUAAAAGUUCACUUUGGAGCCAGAUAAACCACGUUAACUACGUAUUAGGUAUUUGCAUAUUUUCAAUUGUUUUCCAACUGAUUGUAGCAUUUUCCAUCCUUUUUUAGUGUGGUGUCUGAUUUUUCUAGCACACAGAAAUUCAGGCAACUAAAUUAAGGUUUCUGUUGCUUACUAAAUGAAUUUCCUUUACAUUCUUAAUCAUGAGAACUAUUUUAAGCACUGAAUGUGAUCAUUUACAAUAGAAACACUUUGAACACAAAGCCUUGAUCAAAAGCUCUUAAACAUUUCAUCUGCUCAUUAAAACGAUUUCCCUCAGGGGGGUUAAAAGUGAUUUCAUUUACAAAGCCGUCUUCAGCAUUUGCUCUCUGUACUUGGAUCCAUGUUUCUGAGGAAAAGGAGAUGUUCUCAGGUGAUAAAUUUUUUCAUGCUUUGGUACACAUUUAAAAAAUAUAGGUCUCUUCGAUAAUAAUCACCUUCUAGAAGAUGCCAUGUGAAGAAGUUGUGGAAAUGCAGACUAAAAAGCUCAAGCUGCCCAUUUUCUACUGAAAUCUUAAGAACAGCCCGUAUUACCACCUUGGGUUGUGCGCACAGCCCCCGCGGAACGGAACUGGGUUGCAGGCUACCUGUGACCAUGCCGGAGAUGCGUCUCUCUUGCUGGGACGGACGUGGGUGUGAGGACAUGCGCUCCUCCCCCAGCUGCCCAGUGCCUUGGCCGGACAUUCUGUGAUCCUACUCAUCAUUUAAGCUGACUGCACCCAAGUCCCGAAGUUGACCACAAAGGAGGAGAAAUCUGUGAAAUUUCCCAGCUAGUUCAUUUGCAGUGUAAGAUUUUCAUGUCAGUAAAAGUGGCACCAGAAAAUAGAGGAGUUUUUUGAGAAUGCCAAACCAUAUUUUUGUCACUCUUCUUUGGAAGUCAUUGCCUUUGCAUAGAAAAAUCAAAUUCAGGGACCAUGAAUGAUUUUCAGUGGGAAGAUCUUCCUAAUAGGGGGUCUGAUAAGGUUUUUACUUUAUUGUGCUUUAAAAAAUUUUUAAAGAACCUUUUUUUUUAAUUGUUAGUGUUUGUUUGGACUUCGCUUUAAACAUUUAAUUUGAUCCUAGAAAAUCCUGAAUGUGUGUGUGUGACUUUUAAUGAAGGUGGUUUAGGGGCCACCUGUCAGAAGACAGGUGUGAGGCAUCAGCAAUAUCUUGUUUUAAUCAGUUGCACUUGGUACAGAAUGUUGAGGAAGGGUGAAAAGUGUAAUCUUUGGAAAGCACAAAAGAAACCUAGAAAGGCAGUUUGGCUCAGGUAGCUACACAUCCGUUGUGUGUAAUUUUUAAAGCUGUCUAGAAGAAAUUCAGCCAACCCCAACCACUAUUUACAUUCCCAGAUAACCAAGAAGCAGAUAGAUUUUCAUGGCCUUCCGUAGCAGCCCUAUUCUCUGUCCUGAUCCCUUGUGUGGGUGAAUUUGGAAGUUACUAGUCUAUGGCAAACCAGUUCCUGACAUAGCAAAAUUUGCUUUCAUAACUGCAGCAAAAGAAAUCAGUUCAAGUCAAUGCUGCAUGUAUGUACUGUAUUAUUUUCACAAAAUAUAAUAGUCUGAGUCCGAGUUAUCUUGAUUUUAAAUUGAUAGAGAAAACAAACUGUCAAGCAAGUUAUAUAACAACUAACAACAUUGCACUUUCUGUAUAUGAAAUCAAUAUUUAAAUAACUUAUUUUUCUCCAUUGCUGUUCUUAAACAUUGUAAGUAGCUGUAAUAUACCAGUCCCAAUAUGUCCUUGCGAUUGCUUCAGCCCAGGAAAGCUGUGUAUUGUUUUAAAAAUUGUAAAAAUUGUGACGAUUCAUUUAGCAAAGAGAAAGGUGGACAGAAGGGUUUUCCUAUGUAUCAAAACUUGUCUAUAAUUAUGUCAUCUAUGUACCUAGAAAAAAAAUAAAUUUCUUCAGUUGACUAUG